AUGGACGGCAUAGAGGAGACUGGGGAACCAGCCGACCAGACGGAGCUAGAAAAUGACACCGUCUUAGAGGUAGGGGCUGAGCUCUUCCCCAUCAACAGGUGGGCUCUGGCACGCCACAGCCGCUAUUUUGAGGCCAUGUUCUACGGGGGCACCCGAGAGCGCACCGAGAGGCACAUCCUCAUCAGGGGGGUUGAGAUACAGCCAUUCCGGGCCCUUCUCGGCUUCGCCCAGUCAGGCGCUAUCGAAAUCACACGCCACAAUGUGGCCAGCCUGGUGGAGACAGCCGACUUCCUCCAGUUUGAAAGCGUGAAGAGACGCUGCGAGAAGUUUCUGGAAAGGGAGCUGCACGUCUCCAACUGCCUCAGCUUGAUGGCCUACGCCAAGCAGUUUGCUUGCGCCGAACUCCACGCGGCUGCCCUUGCCGUCGCGCUCAGCCACUGGGCAGAUGUGGCCACCCAGGAGGAGUUCGAAGGUCUCUCCAAGGCCUCGCUGGUGGAGCUGUUGCAGAGCGAUGACCUCUUCGUGGCCCGGGAGGACGUGGUCUUUGACACAGUGAUGCGAUGGGUUGCAGCAGAGCCAGCAGGCAGGGAGCAGGACUUCCUGGAGCUGGCGGGGCUGGUCCGGGUCCCUUUCCUGAGCCUCUCCUUCUUGGACCUCCUUGUGAAGCGCAGCAAGCGGGCUGGGCAGGACUUGGCAGCCAAGCUGGUGAAGAAGCUCGACAGCUGCCCGCCCCCAAGCUGGAAGGAUGUGGCCCUGCUGCCCUGCGCCAGCCGGAGCUACGAGACCCUCUACGUUCUGGCGGGGAAACACGACAAAGAGCAGCAGGAGCUUUUCCAGUUUCACCCCAAGAGUGGCACGUGGCAGGCCUGUGCCCCGCUCCAGCGCAAGAACCUCACCCAGUAUGCUGUGGCUGCAGUAGGGAAUUUCCUCUUUGUGACAGGGGGGUACUUCAGAGAGGAGUUUUUCUGGUAUAACGUGGACUGGGUGCUGAUCUACAACAGCUGGGACAACAGCUGGCUAGAGGGGCCAGCCAUGAAGAAGGCUCGGAACAGCCACUGUGCCGUGGGGGUCGGCUUCCACCUUUACGUCAUGGGGGGAAGUACUGAAGAGGGCAUUACCCCAGCCGUUGAGCGCUUGGCACCCACUGACUCUGCCUGGGAGAGCACAAGCCAGCUGGUGCACCCUGUGGAACGUGCUGGGGCCGUCAGCGUGGGGACCCGCAUUUAUGUGGUUUGUGGCCUGGAUGAGAACGGAGAUGUGUGCAAUGCUGUGCAGAGGCUGGAUGUGCAGACCGACGUUUGGGACGUCAUCUCAUUCUCUCCACUGCCUAGGUACGACUUGUGCGUCACAGCCUUGAACGGGGCUGUCUACACCAUUGGAGGAGGCACCUUUCGCUUUGAUAUGGACACCGGCGAGUGGACCCCGGUGGAUGAAGAAUGCUUGACCCAGAAGUUCUUUAAAGGGUGCAGUACAGUGAAUGGGCGGAUUUACCUCCUAGGGCAAAGGCAAGGGAACUCCGCCAUACCCAACAUGGUUCUCUUGGACCCAUAUUUGGACACAUGCCAGGAGGUGGAUAAUAAGCUCCCUUGCCCUCUCCCCAUUCACGCAACAGCCUCCAUAAGGAGAUUUGACACAUGGGCCUAAAAGUGCAACACGCAUGAGCUAAACGGGUUCACCUUCCAUACAACUGUGCUCAAAAGAUGAGGAAAUGGAGUUAAGUCUGUCAAUACUGUAGAAGAGUGGCACUGUUCAUGGGCCAAUGUUUGAUACGCUCCGUUCCUUAUUUACAAGUUUUUCAAGAAAAAAUACAUGCAAACAAAACAUUUAUCUACGCCCACCUUGAUUUGGAACCUAGCCCACUCCAGAGAUCCUUCCAAUCCUUUUGCAAAACUGGCUCCAAUUGACUUGAAACUGCUGCAAAGCAACUGCUCAAAUGGCAGCAAGACGCGUGAGGCAUAGCAACUGCAUACCAGCUCCUUUAUCAAGAAUAUCGAAUGGCAAUAUUAGGAAAAGUCCGAUUUGUUCACUGAAUAAGAGUCUGGAGUUGCAGACAGGCUCCCCACCCCCCACCCCAAAAAGAGAAAGACAGGAAGUAGAUACAAAGACUGGAACACACACUGGGCUUUGGGGGAGCCAGUAGGAGAAAAAUCAAGUUUUAUUUUUCAUUUAUAAAAUUGUUUUUGUGAUUACAAAAGAAUACGAUACAAACUCUCUGCAGCCCUUUACCAGGGAAAUUCAUAUUAAGGUGUCCUUUGUAAAAGCCUAAGGCAAUCAGAUUCCCCAGUUGCAAGACAGGGCUUUGAUGUAGGAAGGCUCUUUCCUCCCAGACACAGGCAAGUCACUUAAUGGAGGGAGUGGGAGUGCGGGGGGGGGGGAGGAGAAAUGCAUGUUAUCACCCCUCUUCGAACUACCAUUUCUUUCCCGGCCAAAUCAACCAUAUUCUAUGAGAUUUGAGCACCUGCCUCUCCCCUGAGGUCACGGUAAACCCUACAAAACUGCUAAAUUUCCAGUCUUGCAACCUCCACCAAAUGCAAGUCAAGGGGUGCAAAAAUUCAGCAGGAGGAAUGCAGGCUAAAAAGACCUCUCCCAGACCCUGUUUUACUUCUAGGGCUUUCGAUUGCAUCAAAACAAACUUUGUAUGGGAAUGGAGGGCACUUGCUCCUAAAGAGGCUUUCAAGCCUCCUUCCUUGGCUUGCCGUGAUGUCUCUUCUCUAUUUCAGUACGAACAUCGUCCUGUAGAAGAAGAAAAAAUCACUACUGUUGAUAGCAGUAGGUGGACAGGAAAGCCAGUUCCUCUUAACUAGGAUGUUAUCUAGAAGUGGGGCAGGAUGGAAGAGAGUAGAGGGAGUGAUAGAAGCUGUCUGCCACAAAGAAUUGUAAA